AUGCGCCAAGUUGAGGUUUGUCAGAAACUCAAUGGACCCGUCAUCCCUUCGACGAUGGUCGGCUACGACAGAUGGGGCUCUGGCGAUUUAGUCGAGUUAUCGCUCGCAAGAGCACGUCAUUCCACCUCGCUAGAAAACAAACCCGGUGCUCAACUGUCCACCACAGACGUUCAAGUUCCAACAGAUCGAUCGUCCAGCUUGGGAGGAGAUAUUCAGGACCAACUGCCUUUCCGGAUCUCGAAUCCCAUCGCUACAUCUUGGACAACCCCAGAUGAUCCCAAAGGUGGUGAUGGAUCAACGGAUGGUCGUUGUGGAUGGUCAGCUCCACGUGAGGAUAACAAGAGAUCAAGCGAUGCACGAGAUGAGACUGGUGUGGACUACGCGUUUGGCGCGGCCACCAUGGACGGUUGCGGCGGUUGGGCACAUGCACCUGGAUCGACCCCUAUCUCACGCAUCGCAUUGUCGUUGGAAGUCCAUGGCAAGAUGACACUAUUCAUAAAGGUCCACGUGCUGGUUUCUACCCGAUUGCGAGAUUUUUUAAGCAGAUCAGGCCUUCAAAGCAUUGCCGCGCACAUCAUCUCAGCUUCAGUCGUCCUCAUGCAGAUGGACUUUAUCCGGCGACUUCAUUUCCCAGGACGCAGGUCCAUCACGUUGCCAAACGCAACCAUCCACUGCAAGGUUGGCUUGGACGGCCCGAUACCAACAACAAACGCCAAUCUCUCUCCUCCGGGCAGCGGGAUAUUUUCCCUCAACACACUCCCAUCGUCGGCGGCCUCACCUGCCUUUCACCCGGCGGAAAAUCCCACUGCACCUCAGCGCUUACCGCCCAGAUGGGCGUGGACUGACUCGGUUACCUUCUCACUCCUACCCCGUGAAAUGCUACGGAUGUUUAUCGGUACUUUAGGUCACAUAUGUAUGUUCUCCAUGGGGUUGACUAUGCACGUUGACCAAAAAAGACAGAAAAAGUCGCCCGGGCAGCACCGCAUCACGUUCCCGAAGUGGGGCCGAUUUUCUCCGAUCCGCACAAAGUUUCAACAUCGGUGUCUUCUGUUCAAUAUGUAUUCAGCUGCUUUCCGAUAUUUGCCCUCGGCCGACAAGGUGGGAUUUGAGACAUACCUAGGCUUUCUGAUGCCACAAAUAUCGGCACCCAUCUUUUCUAUCAAGCUUGUGGCCGUUGAUGCACAAACACCAUAUGGAACUUGGCUUGUGAGAGUGCAAGACCUUUCAGCCUCUGGCUGCCUCCGGCUGCCCGGGUCCUUCGCCUUCACAGAAUUUACUACCUUUUGCUGCACUGGGUUACUGGUUAAGGACGGGCGAUUGACGGCUAGCCAUCGGCGGCGGUCGGCUAGGCGGCAGGGCAAGACACCCUUGGCGGGACGGCAUCCGUGGACCAUCACGGUAGUAGGCCAAGAGGCGGAGAACGACCAGUCCGAAAUAUGUUCGGCACCGUCCUCAACAUCGGCUUACCACGGGAUCAUUCACGAUAUCUUUGGGGACCCGGUGUGUCAAGAAUACGGUUGGCGGCGGUCUACCUCUCAAAAAACGCAGCCCGCCGUCGAUCGAUUCGCGUCGGGAGUUUACACGGUAGGACUCUAUGCAGUUCAGAAAAAGCCGAGAACUGAGCGGUUCAAUUCGCCGGUGGCGAGACGCAGCAGACGCGCCAAGUCGCUGGUCAGAGCCAUGUCGGCCAUGCGCGCGUGUUAUGCACCGACACCGCACCUCCCUCCCGUGCCUCUCUGGGCGGGUGCAGAUGCGAAGACACGUCUUGAAGUCGAAGAGGUGCUCCCCGAGUCCCCAGACCAACCAGCGGAGCACGCCUUUUUGGUUUUGAGGAGAGGGAGGGAGGGGCUGCUAUCUGUACCCGCAAAGAUAGUGAAGGCGUUCGUGGAGCAGGGAGAUAAACGUAGAAUCCGCCGUGGAGCAUGCGCCGUCCGCUCUGAUCCUUGCCCCGUCUGCUCGCAGCUAGAAUUAUGGGUCAUCGGGGAUUCGUAUCGUGCUAGAAAACCCCCCAGCGUCUACAACACACACGCCGUUGUGGAGUUUCUCUACGGAUACAUGAGGUCCAUCCACAUCGUGAACACCCUCACGGAGGGGCCCACGAGAGGAUGCGGUCCAAAGAGGAGUCUGGACCCCAGUAGUCUGGAGGGGAGUAUGAACUCCUUCAUUGGGGCAAGUUCCCUGACGAUCCCGUGGGAAUUCUGGGUUCUCGUCAGAUCAUGGUCCUCUGAAGUUCCGAAUCGCGAUUGGUUAUCUUUUCCAAAGGAGUCUCUUUAUUGUUCCCUGGGUUACAAGUUUGAUAUGCUCGUCUUCAACAUCCGCAUGGCACUCAGUCAUCAACAUUAUGGCCACAUCCCGAAGAAGAGUUUCCACAAAGUCAUCAUCGUCGUAGACGAUUGCGUUUUCCUUCAUAAUGGCACCUUCCGCUCCCCACAUGGCGCCAUGAGACGUCGUCGAGAGUACGCACCAUCUGGCGUUCUGGGACCGUCGUUUCUCUCGUACUCUGCGACGAUCAUCCCUUCCCAUAAGUACACCUGCCGACACCGACUGAAAAGUGUCCGUGUAGACUCAGGGACAAGAUCAUGGCGUUUGGUGAUGCAACUUGGGAUGGAGGAUAAUGUGUGGUUGUUCAAGGGACCACCUCCAGAGUCUUGGUCCGACAAUGCACGACUGCGGCGUGUGAAGUUCGACCUUCGCGUCUACCACAUGCUUAUAUCCAGUCGACUAGCCAUAGCGCGUAAGUUGCGCCUUAUACCGAGACAUCAGCGCAUCCAGACGCGUCCGGGGCUCACUUCCGUGAUCACAUGGCUCUUCAUCACCUCUGACUAUCUUGAAAAGAAUCAGGCUCUGCAGGAAAUAUUCGCGCUUAGACUUGGGGGCAACUCUAUAUCAGAAAAUGGUCAAGGAAAUCAAGUCACUAGUAGGUUCGCAGCGGAGGAGAAAAUGUGUCCUCACGGAUACAACGUAAAGAACCCAACACAGAACUCGGUAUACCUCCAGCCCGAAGACUUCACUUUGAAAUGGCAAGGAUUCCAGCCAUCAAUGGGGAAACAAUACGAGUCUGGCAUUAGCCUCUUCACUCCAGCCCCGGCAUUCUGUGACACACCUGACAUGGAUACUUCGAAUGAACCGACGCCAUACUCGCUACUCAUAUUCCGGAAUGCAUCUAAUUGCACUCCUGUUCCGUUCCUGCAUACUAGGAUCACCGAGGUCUCAGAUACCAAAGAUCGGAAGCUGGAUUCCUUCAAGACUGAACCCCAGAGUCAGCAAAGGCGGACAUCGAAUGAGAGUGCGAGUAGCAAGCAAUACCACGAGUACAACGUAGACUCAGGUGUGGACAAGAUUUCUUCAUUUUUGUAUGCUGCUGGCUUCAUCGGGGCGUGA